ACCGCUCAUAGUCUCCACUCGUUCAUCAAUUAACCGCUAAAUCUUCAGUCAGGCGAUAGACGAGCGAAAUGGGCGCUCUCAAAGCCGUGGCGCUCAUCACAGGAGGUGAUCAUUCCAACGUCAAAGGCUCCAUUCAGUUCGUCCAAGAUUCAAAUGGGGCGACCCAUGUUAAUGGUAGAUUAAGUGGGCUAUCUCCUGGACUCCAUGGCUUCCAUAUCCACGCUCUUGGCGAUACCACAAAUGGCUGCAACUCCACUGGGCCUCAUUUUAAUCCAUUGAAGAAGAACCAUGGAGCUCCUGGGGAUUCAGAACGUCACGCUGGAGAUCUGGGGAACAUCUAUGUAGGCCCUGAUGGGGUUGCUGAAGUUUCCAUUACCGAUAGGCUGAUUUCACUUAAGGGACCUCAUUCGAUACUUGGACGGGCUGUUGUUGUGCAUGCUGAUCCCGAUGAUCUUGGCAAGGGCGGGCAUGAACUCAGCAAGACGACGGGAAACGCUGGUGCAAGAAUCGGAUGCGUUUUUGGAAGUUUUGCUUGAUUGUUGAGCAGGCAUUAUUGGGAUCCAAUCCUCUGUUUAAAGGUUGGCUGUGCUGGAACCCUCUCUCUCUCUCUCUCUCUGUUUCUUUCCUUUUUGUUCUGUACAAAUAAAUAAGCAUCACUCAUGGCUUUAUAAAACUUCUAAUUCCUUCUUUUACAUCUUCAAGUUAUUACGAGUUAGGUAUGUGAAAAUAGGCCGAGUUUGAGUUUUAUGGCUGGAAAUGUUCAAUUCGUCGUUCAAGUAAGAAUCGUAUUAUAAUAUUGUCGACGAGACUAGUUAUUCACUAAAUGACAUGAUAAUUUUUGGGUA